AUGUGGACUUAUGCCCCACUUCUGAAACCCCUUUGUGGCUUCUUCCAGCCCCGCAGGAGAAGAAGGAUGUCAGUCUGCUACCGGCCCCCUGGGAAUGAGACACUGCUGAGCUGGAAGGCCUCACGGACCACUGGAACGGCCUUUCUAUUGCUGGCGGCGCUGCUGGGGCUGCCCGGUAAUGGCUUCGUAGUGUGGAGUCUGGCUGGCUGGCGGCCCGCACGUGGGCGACCACUGGCGGCCACGCUAGUACUGCACCUGGCGCUGGCCGAUGGCUCGGUCCUGCUACUCACACCGCUCUUCGUAGCCUUCCUGACCGGGCAAGCCUGGCCGCUGGGCCAGGCGGGCUGCAAGGCUGUGUACUACGUGUGCGCCCUCAGCAUGUACGCCAGUGUGCUGCUCACCGGCCUGCUCAGCCUGCAGCGUUGCCUCGCCGUCACCCGCCCCUUCCUGGCGCCCCGGUUGCGCAGCCCGGCUCUGGCCCGUCGCCUACUGCUGGCAGUCUGGCUGGCCGCCUUGUUGCUUGCUGUCCCGGCCGCUGUCUACCGCCAUCUCUGGGGGGACCGCGUCUGCCAGCUGUGCCACCCGUCGCCCGCCCACGCCGCCGCCCACCUGAGCCUGGAGACUCUGACCKCCUUUGUGCUUCCUUUUGGGCUAGUGCUUGGCUGUUACAGCGUGACGCUGGCGCGGUUGAGGGGCGCCCGCUGGGGGUCUGGGAAGCAGGGGUCGAGGGUGGGCCGGCUGGUGAGCGCCAUCGUGCUCACCUUCGGCUUGCUCUGGGCUCCCUACCACGCAGUCAACCUACUGCAAGCGGUGGCAGCACUCGCUCCACCAGAAGGUGCCUUGGCGAGGCUCGGCGGCGCGGGCCAGGCAGCGCGGGCUGGAACGACAGCCUUGGCCUUCUUCAGCUCUAGCGUCAACCCGGUGCUCUACGUCUUCACCGCUGGGGAUCUGCUGCCUCGGGCGGGUCCCCGGUUCCUCACACGGCUCUUCGAGGGCUCUGGAGAAGCCCGAGGGGGAAGUCGCUCUAGGGAGGGUACGAUGGAGUUACGAACUACUCCCCGGCUACAAGUAGUGGGGCCGGGAAAGGGCAAUGGAGACCCAGGGGGUGGGGUGGAGAGGGGCAGUUAG